AUGCAGGGUAUGGGAGCCUCAGGAAUCGUUGAUACCUUUCAUAUUGCGUCAACUUUGCAUGACAAUGAGCAGAAGUGGCAGACACCCCAGGCUGUGCAUGCACAAUUACCUGGCUUGAGGGCCAUCCCUUUUUGGGACAAGCGCCAAUUUCCCUGGCUGCGUAAACUUGAGGAGAGGUUCUCUGAGGUGCAACGCGAACUGCUCAGUGCGAUCAAGACAACAGGUCUCAUUCGCAAUCCAGAUGAUUUUUUACACCAGAAAAUAAACGAUUGGGAGUUUCUUGCAUUGUUGCUGAACGGGAAGUGGAACGAUCGCGUGUGCCAGCAGCUGACUCCUGUCACCUGUGGCCUGCUCCGACAUAGAGCAGAGUUUGGUGCUGAGGGCAUACGGAUUCCAGACAUGGUCCAGACGGCGAUGGCCGAGGGAGAUUUCGAGCUCAAGGCACCCGUCGCCAUGGUCAAGGUCUACGCUCUCCGGCCCGGUGCAUGGCUGAGGCCACACUUUGGCAGCCACGGCAGGCUGGCCGCGCACCUCGGGCUGGUUGUGCCAGAGGGCUGUUGCUCCUUGACCGUUGGUGGCCAGAAGACUACCUGGGAAGAGGGGAAGGCAAUCGUGUUUGACGACGCCUUCGUCCAUGAGGCCCGAAAUGUUGGAGACAGGUCGCGCCUGGUGCUGGGAAUGUUCUUCGUGCAUCCAGAUCUGCAAGACCCUGGUGCCCAGCAUUCGGAGUUGUGA